UUCCCGAAUCACGUUAGCUAAAUAAUUUUGUGGAUUUUACUUUUAAUUAAAUUCAACACAUUUUUAUUUAUGUGCUAAAUAGUUUGAGAUUAUAUCGUGGAAGUUUUUAUGCAAAUUUAAACGUCUUCGCGGCUCCUGGUACAACCUGUGAUGGACAUAAUUACGUCUAUGAUAAUACUGUGACUCUUUGCAAUAUUUAGUGAUAUUCAACUUAUGGCUUAAAAGAAUAGCUACUUCUGCAAGAAUGUUUUGCGUCACCAAUAACGACAUGUGUUUCAAGUUGAUAGUUCUAUCUUACGGCUUCCUUCGUUUCUAUGCGACUGGCUGUGACAAAGGAUUUACAGGUCCAAAUUGCGAAUACAUAAAUCAAGUUUUUGGGUCAGAUAUAACAUCGAACCUUGGCCGAGACGAGAGCAGAAUUCGGGAUGGGCGAGCUGAAACGUGUUCGAGACAGACUAACGCCGGUUCCGAUCCGUACAUACGGGUGGAAUUCGACAAUGUGAUAUACGUAGAUGAAGUGAUCAUCACAUUUAACAAUCUAACGGCUGUUUCUGAAUACAGAGUUUACACAGGCUUAUCAACUGUUCUUGACCAGACGACACUUUGCUAUACAGAUCCAGGUGACGUACUUUCUAGUAAUCGCGUGAGCGUCAUCUGCGAGCGACGUUUUAUGGCAAAGUAUGUAACAAUUCAGCUUGAAGGAUCUGAAAACAAACUAGAGCUAUGUGAAAUAGAAAUUCCAUCCGGUCGCCUGUUGUCUGCAAAUAAACCUACGUUCGGUUCUGAAGAAGAAAGUAAUAGAGCCCCAGAACUGGCGAUUGACGGACAAACGGGGACAUAUUAUGCAAGCCAGUUCCAGGAAACACCGUAUUGGUCCGUGGACCUGCAACAUGUGUACAAAAUCCAGCUGAUCCAGAUGAGAACUAGGGAAGACUCGAAAACAUUUCUUGUUGGAUUCCAAAUACAUGUCAGUAACAGCUCAGACUUCAGAAAGGCGGUACUUGCGCAUACAGACCUCAAUACCGAGUCUACGGUGCAACAGUAUUUAGUUAUCCCGCUGGACUCCACAGUUGGGCGAUUUGUUCGAAUAUCGGUACCUGGCGAGUCUCGCAAGCUUGUUAUCCGUGAACUAGAGGUUCUUGGAGAUUGUGUUGACAACUACUGUGGGUCUGACUGUAGCAUGAGGUGUUUCUGUGCGGAUAAGAGGGUAUCAAUAGAACAGAAGGUUGAGGGUACAUGCCCAGGUGAAUGUCAGAGAAACUGGAGAAAUGAUAAUGGCUACUGUAAUACAGGUAUUUGUUCCGGUAAUACAUUUGGGUACCAGUGUAAAUACAACUGUAAGUGCACGGGUUUCUGUAACCCGUGGUCCGGUCAGUGUUUACCACAGACAACCUCGUGCCGAAGACAUCACUAUGGUGAUGGUUGCCAGGCGCGAAAUAUUAUCGCUGGUUCUGAAUCUACACUACAAGGCGUAGGUACCAGUUAUAACCCUGCACCGGUAACCGUGGAUGGACGGGUGGACACAUGCUCCCCAGAACUAAAUGGACCAACGUCAUCCUGGUUUAUGCCUUUUGAAACGGAGAGGACAGUCGAUCAAGUUCUCAUUUAUGUCAACGAGAGCGUAACAACACUAGGAAUGAUCAUAACCUUGGAGAAUGGAGAGUCUUCUACUACAUGUGAACUGUCUAAGCUUGACUUAUAUGGACGAUACUUAGGUAGAUGUAAUAGUGCCGCGGCCACAUAUCUUCGAAUCUCAACACGCAACAGUAUGCAACUGUGUGAGGUGGCUGUUCUAGAAUGUUCGGACGGGACGUUUGGUCCACUUUGUGAGAACACAUGUCUCUGCGUUGAUGGUUCCCCUUGUGACAAAACUAACGGUACCUGUCCAUCAGGAGGGUGCGAAGCCGGCUACCAGGGUGACGCGUGCAGUGAAGAAUGUUCUCUUGGAUUCUACAGCAACAAUUGUACAACUAGAUGUGGGCAGUGUUAUGAUGGAGAACAUUGUGAUAUAUUUACUGGAGAAUGUCCGGACAUAUGUGCACCAGGGUGGCAGGGAGGCCGAUGUGAUAUAGAAUGUUAUAACGGGACGUACGGACAGAAUUGCCUUGAGGUAUGUGGUAGCUGUUAUAACGAGGAGCCAUGUGACAAGGUGACAGGUGUAUGUACCGAGGGCUGUGACGCUGGCUUCUACACGGCCAACUGUACUGUAGAAUGUCCACCAGGAAGCUUUGGUUACAACUGUAACCAGACGUGCGGCUCGUGUAACUUUGGCGACAUCUGUGACCCCGUAAACGGCGACUGUCUGAGUGGCUGUGUCGUCGGCAAAUAUCCACCUACUUGUAUAGACGACUGUCCUCAUGGAACUUAUGGACAGGGCUGUAUCAACACAUGCGGUAAAUGUCGAGACAAUAACACGUGUCAUCUUAUAACCGGAGUAUGUGAUGAUAGCUGUGCCCCAGGAGUACAGGUGAAAGAAGUGCAGCCUAUGUGUGAUAAAGAAUGCCCGGAUGGACUGUAUGGCUAUAACUGUAGUCGACAGUGCUCAGAAGACGUAUGUGUCGGAGGUAAUGUGUGCGAUAAAGCUAGUGGCGCGUGCUUGCUGGGAUGUCUAAAUCCUGGAUAUCAAUUUCCGCUCUGUCAGUCCGAGUGUUAUGACGGUACAUACGGCCUAGACUGUCAGUCUGUAUGUGGUCCGUGUAUGGACUGGGCACCGUGUAACAAGACAACUGGUCGCUGUCCAGCAGGCUGUCAGAGAGGAUACACGGGACCUAAAUGUCUCGAGAAAGAUCCGCAGCUAUCAGCAGCCAGUAUAGCGGUCCUGGCGGUAGGUUGUCUAUUGGCUGUAGCAGGUCUGGUUGGCGUCUUAAUUGGAUACUGGAUAUACAAAAAGGGAACUCCACCAUGGGUUUACGUCAAACGUCGCAUGAAGAAAGACAAAUAUGUAAGGGAUGAAAAAGCACCAAGAAACCUUUCCAUUGUGUCAAGGGUUUACGAAAACAACAUCGCACUGGAAUCUGAUCCUCCCAAGCUGAAGAGAACAAACUCAAACGCGAGCAACUAUAAACUAUCCGAGGCCAGACCCAGGGGUACUAUUGCAGUGGAGGAUUUCUGGGACUUUGUACAGGAUAAAAAAUCAUCAAAACAGGAAAUGGUGCAACAAUUUAAGGACUUGUCCGUUGGUUUGACACACCCGUGUGAGACGGCAAAGAAAGCACAGAACUUGCGUAAAAACAGAUAUAAAGAAAUAUUUGCAUACGAUCACAGCCGAGUGAAGCUGGACAUGCUACCAGGUGACGCUGGUAACGACUACGUCAACGCUUGUUUUAUAAGUGGUUACAAUCGCCCACACAUGUAUAUAGCUGCCCAGGGUCCUACAGAAGAAUUCGUUGCUGAUUUCUGGAGGAUGAUUUGGCAGAAAAAAUGUCGCAAAAUCGUCAUCUUAACCCGACUUGUGGAACACAACAAGGUGAAAUGUUGCCAGUAUUGGCCAGAUGACGGUAUAAAACAGUAUGGUGGUGUCAAUGUGGAGUGCAAGGAAUCUGAAACAUACGCCGAUUUUACCAUCAGAACUUUCUCUAUAUCUGUGGAAGGAAAGGAAGGACGUUUAGUGCGCCAAUUUCAUUUCGAGUCAUGGCCGGACCGUCACGUGCCUGAGUAUGCUUCAUCAGUGGUUCAUUUCUGGAACACGGUCCGGACAACUGACGUCAAAGAUAAUGUUCCGAUUCUCGUGCAUUGCAGUGCUGGUAUAGGUCGGACAGGGACGUUUCUGUCUCUAGACUAUCUGGUCGAUCAGGCGAACAUUGAGGGGUACGUAAAUGUAUUCCAGUGUGUGCAAAACCUCCGACAUCAGAGAGUUAACAUGGUCCAAAAUCAGGACCAGUACAUGUUUCUUCAUGAAGCAUUGGCGGAGGCAUUGUUCUGUCCGAGUGCAGCUGUACCGUGUGAACAUUUCUCUAAAACCUACAAGAACAUGCUCGAGGUUGACCACAAGACAAAAAAGUUAAAGCUGGAAAUGGAGUUUGAGAGGAUUCAGUGUGUCACUAAAUUUUACGACAGUAUGAGUCCGAGUUUCUAUGACAACAGCAACUACAAAGCUGCAAACAACAGUGCUAAUAAAGAGAAAAAUCGCGUGUCUCACAUACUGCCCAGUGACAUGCACCGCCCGUGGCUUAUCACGCGAGUGUGUGACCGAAAUGACUAUAUCAAUGCUGUAUAUUUACCAUCGUACAGGGAUGAUAAGAUGUUCCUGGUGACACAGAAUCCUCUACCUGACACCAUUGUAGACUUCUGGAGAAUGGUGUAUGAGAACAAAGUCUCUUCCGUCAUCAACUUGGACCGUAUCACAAACCCGUCGGAAGUUUACUGGCCGAAAGAAGGGGAAACACUUACUUUUAUUCCAUUUACCUUACAUCACCUAGGAGAAACUGAUCACGUGACAUACACGGAAAUAAGCAUGCGACUUCAAAAUGCUGAAGAACCCCAUGAGAAAGCAAGGAUAUUGAAGGUGUUCGAGUGUAAGUUCUGGAUGAGUGAAGAUCGGGUACCAGUUGGCGGGGAGUCGAGCAUACUGGAAGUUUACGAACAAGUAAAUCUUUGGCAGAAAACGACAGGGAAUCAGCCUAUUGUCGUUCACUGCAUGAAUGGUGCCACAAAGAGUGGUUUGUUUUGUGUUGUGAUGUCAACGUUAGAGCGCAUGCGCCAAGAACGUGAAGUAGCUCUGCAGCAGGUGCUGAAGCAGAUGAGAAUUCGGAGACACCAAAUAGUACCAUCAUAUGAUCAGUACAAGUUUUGUCAUGAUAUCAUAGCGGAAUUUAUCAAGGGUUGCGACAGUUUCUCAAAUUUCUAUAUUUGACGUCAACGUAAAUGCUGACCGAUAACCAUCUAUUAGUACUUUGAACGUGUAAUUGACAGUGUAUUUACAUCAUAAAAAGAUCAAUAUUGUGACUGCUAGUUGUCCUGGAAAUUGAAGCAAAUUAUGUAUACAUGUAAAUAUACUCGUACAAAUAUUCCACAGCACCGAAACUAAUACAGAAGUAUCACACUCAACAUGGACAAGUGAACUCAACUUUGUGAAUUUCCCAGUUCAUAUUUAUAAUGGCUUUAUAUUUAUAACUAUUCAACCUUUCCAUUUUUGCUAUAUGUCCAAUCCUUGUAUACUUUGUGAAUGUACUGACUGCUACGGAGGAUGUAACAGCACUGUGUCUUACAUAGUAACAUAAAAGGGAGGUUUGGCAGUCAUAAUUCCUGAUGUUUUCCUUUCAUUUAACGUUUACUGAAUCUUGGUGUCUGACAUGAAUUGUGUACAGAAAAUGUGUAAAUAUCAUUUAUAUGUUAUCAUUUUUAAUAAAUGUGUACAUCA